AUGGAGAAGAGCUGUAAAGCAGAGCUCUGUGGAUCAGAAUCGAACACUAGGUUUUCUCAGGGAAAAAUUAAAAAUAAGGAGAUAAAUGGGCAUUGUUUUCUCGGUCUGGGUAAAUUUCUGAGGAAAAAAAUUCAUACCAUAUUUGGACGGAGGCCAAAGUUUUCCCCUGCUCAAGAACUCGAAACGGCUAAUGUAGAAGUAGAAAUGUUGGGGACGGAGAUCCAACAAUCUCCAAUUAAGAAUGAGAUCCAACAAUUUCUAAUUGCGUUCGAACGAGACGAAUUAGUGAGGGCGACAGAAGGGUUUUCAGUACAAAUAGGCCUUGGUGGUUAUGGGAUUGUUUACCGCGGAAAUCUGUCUGAUGGAAGACGCGUGGCAGUGAAGGUCUUGGACAAAGAAAGUUUUCAAGGCAAAGAAGAGUGGCGGAACGAGUUGAACAUUCUAAGCAAGCUUGACCAUCGAAACAUUUCUAAGCUUGUGGGAUAUUGCUGUGAAGACAAUAUGAUAGUCUAUGAGUGUAUGGCACGAAGCCUGUCAAGCGCUCUUUUUGGAAAAGAUAAUGAGAUGGUUAUCGACUGGACAACAAGAUUCAAGAUCAUAUUGGAUAUAAUUAGAGGACUCGCCUAUCUUCACGAAGGUACAGGCGUGCCCAUAAUGCACAAAGACGUCAAGCCGUCCGACAUUCUUCUGGAUGAAAGUUUCAAUGCCAAGAUUUCUGAUUUUGGCUAUGCAAUGGCCGACAUCAAGCUACCGUGGUACGAAGAUGUUAGCAUCGAAGGAACUCGUGUUGUUAGAACAUAUGGUUACGCAGCUCCGGAGUAUAUUGCUACCGGUACUCCGAGAAUGAAAUCAGACAUUUACGGCUUUGGGGUGACUGUUUUGAAUGUCGUAUCUGGCAAACAAGCUAUCGACAACAAAAAUUUCCUCUCCGAGAACGCGCGUAGAUUGCAUGAUAAGCGUCGCCUUACUGAGCUAAUAGACCCUCGAUUACUCAACGCAGGUUAUUCAACUCACUCAAAAAGCAUAGCAGGGACAAUCAAUAUAGCCCUGCAGUGCACUGUUUCGAACGCCAGAAGUCGUCCAUCAGCGUCACGUGUGUUGGAGAUGCUUUUAUCAAAAGAUCCCAAUCGCCACAACACUGGUCAGUGUUGAGAGUUUGGAACCCAGUCACACAACUAUCCUGAGCGGGAGUAGUAUUGAAUAUUGAAAAGCCAAUUACAGAUAAGAGUACCUGAAUCCUUUAACAGAUUCAGAAUACUCUGUUUCAUUUGACAUUUAGUUUCAUGUGCGAUUUUGGAAUAUUUACUGUUUGUGUUCUCCAUGUUCUAGACUUCAAUGUAGUUUUUAACAUGUACUCAGUUCAACUAUUAAAGUUGUAGGCACUAUAUAA